UUAUCUUUAUAAUUUAUAUAUGCUUGUAGAUAAAUCACAGGCUGCUUUAGGUUCAACUUCAACACUAUUUCAGUCAACCGGUUAAAGAAGUAAAGGACUUUACCCAUUCCAAACCUUUCAAUGGUAUCUUCAUUGUCAUCUUCUCAAUCUUCUACACCCGCUUCUUAUGAUGUAUUUCUAAGUUUUAGAAGAGAAGAUACUCGCAAGACCUUUGUAGAUCAUCUAUACUCCGCCCUCCAACAACGCCUCAUCCACACUAAUAUAGAUGAUGAAACACUUCAUCAGGGUGUAUCCAUUCAUCCAUCCUUCUUAGAGACUAUCAAACAAUCACAUAUAGCUCUCAUUAUAUUCUCCAGAAACUAUGCGGAUUCUUCUCGGUGCUUGGACGAACUCGAGUAUAUUAUGAAAUGCAAAGAUGAGACUGGGCUGAUCGUUAUGCCUGUAUUCUAUGACGUGGAACCAUCUGAUGUAAGUAAACAAAAAGGGGAAUUUGGAAAAGGAUUUACUAAGCAAGAGGCAAACAAUAUUACCAAAAUUGAGUCAUGGAGAAAAGCACUUGUUGAUGCAAGUAAUCUUUCUGGUUGGGUACCCAAAAACAUUGCUAACGGUAUCCGAUCAAAAUUCUGCUCUCUAAACCUUUCAAUGGCAUCUUCAUCGUCAUCUUCUCAAUCUUCAUCUGCACCCGCUGCUUAUGAUGUAUUUCUAAGUUUUAGAGGAGAAGAUACCCGCAAAACAUUUGUAGAUCAUCUCUACUCCGCCCUCCAACAACGCCUAAUUUACACUUAUAAAGAUGAUGAAACUCUUCCACGGGGUGUAUCCAUCGGUCCAUCCCUCUUUAAUGCUAUUAAACAAUCACAUAUAGCUGUCAUUAUAUUCUCCAAAAACUAUGCAAAUUCUUCUUGGUGCUUGGAUGAACUCGAGUAUAUCGUGAAAUACAAAGAUGAGUCUGGGCUAAUCGUUAUGCCCAUAUUCUAUGACGUGGACCCUUCUCAAGUAAGAGAACAGAAUGGGGAUUUUGGAAAUGGAUUUGCUAAGCAAGAGGCAAACAACAUCACCAAAAUGGAGUCAUGGAGAAAAGCACUUGUUGAUGCAAGUAACCUUCCUGGAUGGGAACCCAAAAACAUUGCUAACGGGCAUGAAGCAAUAGUCAUAAAACAAAUUGCCGAUACAAUUUUGGAUAGAUUGCUCCAGCCGUCUAUUUCAGAUGAUGGCCAGCUAAUUGUCGGAAUGAGGACUCGAUCGCAAGAAAUGAUAGCUCGUUUACAAAUGGGAUGGGUGAUGUCCAGAUGGUUGGAUUAUGGGGAGUUGGUGGCGGUGGCAAGACUGAUAUCUCUCAUCAGUUUGAGGGUACCUACAUUAUUCCAGAGGAGUCAAGCCAUUAAAUUUUUUUUUUUUAUAAAAAUUAUUAGAUUUCGGCGCCUCACCUCAAACAUAGCCACUAAGCCUUGUCGGGUGUCCCACUUUUAUUUUGUAGUUUUCCAAGGAUUUUCUUACCAAGUGCAGUGGAUGAUUUUUUCUUCUUUUUUAAUAAAAUGAUUUAAGUAUUGAUUCCUAA